GGCGAUUACGAUAACAGGUAGAUCAGCGUUUCAGAUUGUAACAGCUUGGCUAAGUGACAUGCAUCAUGAACCCCGUCGUCUAAGCGUUGGUCUAAUCGAAAAGAGGGGAUGUUGACGUUGUACUGAGAAACCUUCGGCCGAGAUCGUCAACCUUGACUAAGCUCGGUAAGUCACAACCCCAUUUCGUAGAUUCUCCCUCAUUGUUACCUAGAAUUGAUUUCACGAUACCCAAGGGAAUUACAAGCAUGGCCCAAGUCAAAACUGAACAGCUCCACCCUGGUGAUCAACACGAGAUCCCGAGUUUUGAGGCCCAUGAAUCGUCUGAAUCGCUCAAGGGUAGGAUUAAGAAGCACUAUGAGAUAGCUUCGGAUUACUACUAUUCCCUAUGGGGACAGCACAUACAUCACGGCUUGUUCAAAUCUGCUAGCGAAACAAAGGAGCAGGCUCAAGUAAAUCUCAUCAAUUACCUACUUGAGAUCUCGGCCCUACCAAUAGGCUCCAAGGUACUUGAUGUCGGAUGUGGUAUUGGUGGCACAAGCAGAUUUCUUGCAAGGGAGCAUGGCGCGGAUGUCACGGGAAUCACGAUUAGCGGGCGACAAGUCCAGAUCGCAAAGCAAUUGACCAAGACGGAGAUAGGCAAUACUUCCACCGCCUCAUCGGAUGACUUCAAGUACCCGGGCAAAGAGGGUAAGCCAGACGGCACAGUCCGCUUCCUUGAGCUCGACGCCGAGAAAAUGCUCGAACACUUUCAGCCGACUGUUGGGGAGGGAAAGUCCUUCAACUGCGUAUGGAUCUCGGAGGCCUUGUCGCAUCUACCAAACAAGGAGCUCUUCUUCUCUUCUUCUUUUUCGCUUCUCCAAGGUGCAGGAUCACGGCUGGUAAUCGCAGACUGGUUUAAAGCGCCUGGCCUAUCUCCCGAGCAGGAGGAAGCUGAUAUCAAGUCGAUCGAGGAUGGCAUGCUCCUCCCCCGCCUAUAUACAGCGGACGAAUAUGUGGCAUUUGCGGAGCGGGCUGGGUUCAAGAUUCAUCAGAAACCGAUUGAUAUAAGCAAGGACGUUGCUAAGACAUGGUAAGUUCUCUCUCUCCUCCCUAAUCUUGGUUUACUGGUUGAUUUGGAUAUAUAGGGAUAUAUCGUGGACUCUUGUAUCGUCCCCUUCACUAUGGGCAUUCGCCAUUUCUCAGGGUCGCGACGGGCUAUCAUUUUUGCAAGCGUUUAGAGCGAUGAGAAGAGGAUAUGCGAAUGGGACGUUUAGGUAUGCGGUCAUGUGUUUCGAGAAGCCUCUGAAUAUACACUAGAUCGAGUCAACGCAUCGCAUCGCAUCAACCAUGACAGCUCAUGGACACGGCUAUCAAACUGUGGUUACUAUGCGAAGAUAAGGGCAUAUAAUGUAAUGAUAUAUGGUACCCAAAGAAGCUGCCCGCUCCUGUAUGAUCGGUAGAUCCUCAUGUUCUAUGCGAAACGUUGCUCUUAAUAGACUUCCAGAUAUCAUACCAUCAGCUUAAAUCACUCAGAUUCAUACUAAUCUAUGUGAGUGUGCAUACAUACACGUAGAUCACUCCACGAAAGAAAAAUAUGGUUAGCUAGACAAGCCAUGCUUCCACGUAUGAAAGAAGCUGAGAAGGAUCGACUCCUCGUAAUGUAAAUGCUAAUAGUUGGGUGGGUUCGAAAGUAUUAUAUAAACGGAUUGGGACCGGGAAGUUCGAUAUAGUUGAUUAUUCACUUAGCAGUGAUUGCGAUUUUAUAUGAGAUGGUGUCUUUACUUGAC